AUCGAGCCCUUCCCGCUCCGCGUCCUCGUCAACCCCGCGCUCCGCGUCCUCGACAGCCGCCUCGUCACCGGCCCCGAGGGCUGCGCCAGCAUCCACGGCUUCUCCGCCUACGUCCCGCGGCACUGGGCCGUCCAUGUCUCCGGUGUGGACGAGCUCGGGGUGCCGGUGAGCUGGGAGGCCUCGGGCUGGGCUGCCAGGAUUGUCCAGCAUGAGAUGGACCACCUGGACGGGAUCCUCUACAUCGACCGCAUGGACCCCCGCACCUUCACCAACGUGGGCUGGAUGGAGCUGCUGGACUGACCCUGCUGAAAGAACCAGCGCAGCUCUGGGGGCUCCCACUCAGCUUUACUGCAGCCAAUACAGACCUGUGGCCUCA